UCACGGAGAUGGGGACGGCGGCCUCCACCCGCGAGCGCGAUGCAAUCCACACGGAGAUGGAGACGGCGGCAGUCUCCUCCAGCAAGCGCGCCCGCCUCGGCGGCUCCGACCGGCUGAGCGACCUGCCAGACUGCCUCCUGCACGACAUCCUCUCCCUCCUCGGGUGCCGGCAGGCCGUGCGCACGAGCGCGCUCUCGCGUCGGUGGAGGCACCUCUGGCGCUCCAUGACCUGCCUCAACAUCGACCAGCGCGAGUUCCAGCGCUCCGGCGUCCCACCGCCAUUAGACGUGUGCCAGUGGGACAGCUUCGAAGACAUGGCCGACAGCCUGCUAUCGACGUCGAUCACCACCCCAUCGGCGCCGCUGGACGCGUUCCGCCUGCACUUGGUCGACGGCAGCAAGAAGACGGGCGUCGACAGGUGGAUCCGCCGCGGGCUCGCGCGCCGGCCGGCUGCCGUCGACAUACACUACGGCUACGGCUACGUCGGCAGAGUCUGCUGGCCGGACACGUCGCGCUUGGCCUCCGGCGCUACCUGCCGCCUCACGAGGCUCCGUCUCUUCGGCGUCCAGCUGAGCCCUAGUUUCGGGCGGGAUCUCGGCGACCAGUGCCCCGUCCUCGAGGACCUGCACAUCGAGAACUGCAGAGAAGAUUUCUGCACCGUCGCAUCUCCCACGCUCAAGAGCUUCGCCCUCGUCAGCCCCUCCGAUUACAGCUACAGGUCCUCCGCUCUUGUCCUGGCGGUUCCUCACCUAGCCUCGUUGCGCCUCGUGCUCCCGUUCAGCGGCUACCGUGGCUACGCCGUCGCCACUUCUGAGAACGAGGUGCUGGCAUCGCUCGUCCAGGCGUCCAUCUGUAUAAAGGACAUGGAUGACGAGGUGCAGCGGAACAGACGGGUGAUGAAGCCGCACAAGCUUGAUUUCUUGAAGUCCAUGUGCAACUUCCUCGCCUGCAUCCCCAAUGUCAGAAAUCUACAUCUCUCGGGGUUCACCACGACGGCAUUGUUAGGCAAGGAACCACAAGAAUUUCAGGUGUUCCAUGACUUGAAAACUUUACUCCUCAGCCGUUGUGACCUUGGAGUAAGCUAUCAAGCUUUGACGAGCAUCCUUCGGAACGCCCAAAAUCUCGAGAACGUUGGAAUGCACUUUUGCAGGUUUUUGGAGCGCCCAAAGAGGAGAGGGAAGGCCCAGCCGAAGAGUAAACCUUCCAAACGUCGUAACUCAACACUUCUUGAGUACAAGAACCUGAAGGUGGUAGAAAUCAAGCACGAGACAAACUCUACAGCUCCCUUGGAAAAUAUUUUCUUGGAAAUUUCAAAGGGGAUGCCGAAGGAAAUGCCGCUAACUCGGUGGCACCGGCUUGAAAAAUUGAGCAAGACGGGUCCGAUGACGAUAGUACGAUUACGAUUAUUUAGAACGGAAAAUGGCGAAGUGAAGUCGAAUUAAGUUGAUGGAGGACGGAAGGAACAUGCGUCUUUCAAAUAAAUCCAGAGAUUAACCAUGGAUCUACUAGAAGGUGAUGUGGCACGGUUGGUUGGAACAUUGACAGUGCCAUCUUUGGUAGUAAGGACAUUUCAAGUCUAGCUUCUGGGAGAUUUGGAUAUAGUUUAUGUCAUGCGACAUGCGAGUAUGAUGAUAAUUUUUGCUUUGUGAUGAAGUUGGGUAAAAACUAAAAGUACCAUGUCAUUACCGAGGAUAUAUGCUUUAGUUUCUUAUAACAUGGUUAUAGAGCUGUGGGCGGAAUCAGA